AUGCAAGGAUUGCGUAAUUUUGAUUUCUAUCCUAAAACUCAAGAUGACUUUCGGGUGAAAACUCUAGGAGGAGGGUUGAUUUCAAUCAUUUCGCUUGUUGUAAUUUUUAUAUUGGUAUUCGGAGAACUUUACUUGUACAUGCAAGUGGAGCGAUAUGAUCAAUUAUAUGUUGAUACACAACAAGAACGUAAAAUACCAAUAUACAUUAAUAUUACAUUUCCUGCAAUCUCUUGUGAUGCUCUAAGUUUGGAUGUUAUGGAUGUGAGUGGAGAGCAUCAUGUUCAUUUGGAUUAUCACACAAUUUACAAAAUGAGAUUAACAUUGGAUGGAAAACCUAUUAUUGACCAACCAGCUGAACAAAUUUCACCCAAUGAGCCAAAAGAUGAAAAACCAUCUCCUAUCAAGGCUGCUGAAGGAGCUGUUAAACAUGAUUUAGUUAAUUCAUCUGAAAAGGAUCGUGAACGUGCUGAAAAGGCUAAGAAAGUUAAAGAUCCAAAUUAUUGUGGUAGUUGCUAUGGAGCUAAUAGAGAUGCUACUCAAUGUUGCAAUACUUGUGAUGAUGUCCGUGAAGCGUAUCGUAGAGUGGGAUGGGCUUUCACACCAAAUGAAGAUAUCGAGCAAUGUUAUGAGGAAAUUAUGGACCGUAAAAUGAAAUACUCAAAGCAAGAAGGUUGUAAUUUACAUGGUUACUUUUUAGUGAAUAAGGUGGCUGGUAAUUUCCAUUUUGCUCCAGGAAAAUCAUUUGUUAAAGCUCAACAACACAUGCAUGACUAUACCAAUUAUGAAGUUGAUCACUACAAUACUAGCCAUUUUAUUCACUCGUUAGGCUUUGGUGAACAAAUUCCUGGUCUUGUUAAUCCACUUGAUGGUACCCGUAAAAUUAUUGGGUUUAAUCCAGAGACUGGACAAGCUGUUGAAGGGGAAUCUGCUCUUUUCCAAUACUUUGUUAAAGUAGUUCCAACCAUUUUUGAAAAAUAUGGAGCUGCCAAUCCUAUCAUCACAAAUCAAUACUCUGUGACUCAGCACGUAAGACCAAAGAAUAGAUUACACCCAAAUGUUGUGCCAGGAGUAUUUUUCAUUUACGAUUUGUCACCAAUUAUGGUGCACAUGAAGGAAGAUAGAAAGUCAUUCAUUCAAUUCCUCACCAGUCUAUGCGCAAUCAUUGGAGGUGUUUUCACAGUAAGCGCUCUACUUGAUCGUAUUUUGUAUGGUGUUGAGAAGAGAGUCAACAAAAAGAUACACUCAAACACCACUAUUUUGAAUAACUAA